AUGAUUUACUUUCUUAUGUUUAUGUUCAUACGUUUUUAUAUUCCGAAUCUUUACUCCACCGUUAUGCUCCAAUAUUCAUACGCCUUGUUUCUUCGUGUAGAAGGACUUGGUGUUCCAACCUCCCACAACAACAACUCUCUCGCGGAUUUAUCAAGUGGAAGCUUGCAAAACCAAAUUAUGCCUCCCGUUCCUAAAUACAAAUACCCAUCCGGCCAUCAAAAACAGACUCAAAAUUCUAGUUCUAGCUUGGGUGACGAUAAUGUGGGUCAAGAGGCUAAUGUGGGCGAAGACAAUGUGACUGUAGGUGAAGAAGGUAAUAUGGGCGAAGACAAUGUGACCGUAGGUGAAGAAGGUAAUGUGGGCGAAGACAAUGUGACCGUAGGUGAAGGCAACAUGAACGUAUGUGAAGAUAAUGUUAAUGAUACCGUAGAUGAAGAUGAUGUUAAUCCGGUUCCAGAUAUUGAUAUUUUUGAUCCUAGAAAUUGGGGUGGGCUUAGUAAUGACAUGAUUAAAGAGUUGGUUACGAAAGGUCCAAAAAGAGAUAUGGAUGUUAAGGGCCCCGUGGAUAAAUUUGGAAGACAUUUUUCUAAUACCAUGUACACUAGAAUUUUAUCAAAUAGGGAGACGUGCGAUAGAGAAUGGCUAGUGUAUUCAAAAAAACUUGACAAACUCUAUUGUUUUUGUUGUAAAGUUUUUAGAACGCGGCAUCCGAAAGGUGGGUUGGAUGAUGAAGGUUAUAACGAUUGGAGACAUGCCAGUGGUAGACUUAAAGAACAUGAAGUUGGUUUAGAACAUUUCAAGAAUAUGAAUGAAUGGUUUGAAUUGCGACAAAGGUUGAAAUGCAAAGAAACAAUUGACAAAGGGGCAUAUGAGCACUUUAGAAAAGAAAAAGAUUAUUGGAAACAAGUCAUCUUAAGGAUUAUUACACUUGUGAAGUUUCUUGCAAAAUAUGGCUUAGCGUUUCGUGGGUCAAAUGAGAAGUUGUAUCAAAAAGGAAAUGGAAACUUUUUGGGUUUGGUUGAGAUGUUGGAAGAGUUUGACCCGAUUAUGAAAGAACAUGUGCGCCGAGUUUUGAAUGAAGAGUGUUAUGUACACUUUCUUAGCCACAAUAUUCAAAACGAGUUGAUACAACUAUUAGGGGAUAAAGUUAGAACCGAAAUCAUCAAGAAAGUUAAGCAAGCAAAGUAUUACUCCAUCAUCCUCGAUUGCACGCCUGAUACAAGUCACCAAGAGCAAAUGUCCAUAAUUGUGAGGUAUGUGAAUUUUAACUCUAGUUCUGUGACCAUUGAGGAAUCCUUUUUAGGUUUUUUGGUUGUUGAUGAUACCACAGGUUUAGGACUUUUUGAAGUAACAUGUAAGGAAUUAGAGUCGCUUGAUCUUGAUAUUGGUGAUAUGCAUGGUCAAGGCUACGAUAAUGGGGCAAACAUGAGAGGAAAAAACAAAGGAGUUCAAACUAGAUUUUUAGAAAAAAAUCCUAGAGCUUUCUAUAGUGCUUGUGGUUGUCAUAGUCUAAAUCUAGUAUUGUGGCAAAUUUUGAAAGACAAUGUUAAAGGAUUAACUCUUAAAUCAUUGUCUACAACUCGUUGGGAAAGUCGUAUAGAUAGUAUUAAGCCUAUAAGAACUCAACUUGGAGAUGUGAAUGUGGUGAGCAAACGGUUACAAGCAAAAGAUGUUGUUCUUGAUGUUGCUAUUGAUGAAGUGGACAAAUUAAUUAAAUUCUUUAAGGAUUAUAGAGAAGUGGGGUUCUCUAAGGCACUUGAUGAAGCUAGAGAAAUUGCAAAUGAAUUAGGUGUUAAUGCGGAAUUUCGUCAAAAACGUGUGAUAUAUAGGAAAAAACAAUUUGAUGAAUCGUCAAGUGUAGAAGAAGUAACAUUUUCACCCGAUGAGGAUUUUAGAGUAAAUUAUUUUUUAAGUAUUGUUGAUCAAGCUAUUUUUUCACUUGAAACAAGAUUUAAACAAUACCAAAAAUUCGAAAAAAUAUUUGGGUUCUUGUUUCCUAAAAAGUUGAAGACUCUUGAUAAGGCCAAGCUUAAGGAGUGUUGUUAUCGCCUUGAAGAUGCAUUGAAGUAUGAAGGAGAAUCCGAUAUUGAUGCUAAAGAAUUGUGUACGGAGUUGAAGUUGAUUACUACAUUCUUACCGAGACACAUUGACAACGCUUUUGACGUUUUAGACUAUAUCUUCCAACGCAGUACUACUUAUCCUUAUGCUAUAAAUGCAUAUAAAGUGUUGUUGACAAUUCCGGUAACCGUGGCAUCGGCAGAAAGAAGUUUCUCAAAGUUGAAGUUGUUGAAGACCUAUUUACGUUCUACAAUGUCACAAGAAAGGCUAAACGGGUUGGCGACAAUAUCUAUUGAAAGUGAAAUAUUAGAUACUAUGGAUUACAAGGAGUUGAUCGAGAGCUUUGCUUCAAAAAAACGCUAG